CUCAACAAAUUCUCCUUAGCAGUCCUCUCGCCCUGAAAAAAAACGAAAGAAACUCUUACAAAUCCAACGGUCAACGCUCAGCAUAAGCUCGCUCAGUGGGAUCUAAAAAGAUGAAUAAGCUCUUUACUUUGCCAUUAACAGUCUUUUUAUCUCUGGUUCUAUUAGUGGGAGAGGCGAAAACUAUUGACCCUUACGAGGUUCUUGGGGUUGAGAAGAACGCAAGUCAACGUGAAAUACAGAAAGCCUUCCACCAGCUUUCUCUUCAAUAUCAUCCUGACAAGAAUAAAAAUAAGGGUGCUCAAGAGAAGUUUGCUGAGAUUAAUAAUGCAUAUGAGAUUCUAUCAGAUGAAGAGAAAAGGAAAAAUUAUGAUCUAUAUGGAGAUGAAAAGGGCAAUCCUGGAUUUGAUGCUGGCUAUCCUGGGGACCAGGGUGGAUAUACUUAUUUUAAAGGCGGUAGACACAGGCAAAAUCGGUUUACAUUCAGGCCAGAUGAAUGGCAAAACAUGGAGGGGCAGGGAGGUUCCCAAUCAUUCUCAUUUUCCUUUGGUGGUCCUAGUGCUCAGAGUUCUUUUGGUUUUGGCCUGAAUGAUAUUUUCUCCAAUAUUUUUGGUGGUGAUGGUGGUGGCAAUCAGUUUGGUGGUUUCAGUGGUUUUUCCAGGUCUCAAUCCAGUUUUCACUCUGGCUCUAGAAGCUCCCCUAAGGGUUUCAAGCCUAUAAAUUCUAAAAUUUUCAGGAAAGAAAUUGCUGACCAAGGCAUGACUUGGCUUUUGUUAUCCUAUACUCCCUCUUUGAGGGGGAGCCGUUAUUAUGAAUCAAUCAUACAGGAGGUUGCUGUUUCAUUGCAAGGAGCUCUAAAGGUAGGAAGCAUUAAUUGUGAAACUGAAAAGUCCUUUUGUACUGAGCUUGGCAUACAUCCCCGCCAAGAACCUAGGGUAUUUGUCUACUCAUACAAAGCAAAUGAUAAGGGUUCUUUGGUGGAAUACAAUGGUGAUUUGCUUGCUAGGAAUUUGAAGACUUUUUGCCAAGAACAGUUGCCAAGGUUUUCAAGGCGGAUUGAUCUGAAACACCUUGAGACUUCCUCUGGUAGCAGGGAAAAACUCCCCAGAGUUUUGCUUCUCUCCACCAAAAAAGAUACACCUGUGAUCUGGCGUGUCCUUAGUGGCUUAUAUCAUAAUCGCUUCAUUUUCAAUGAUGCAGAGGUUCAUGGUGUUAGUGAUCCAAUGGUAAAGAAGUUGGGAGUUGAUGCACUUCCAGCUAUAGUUGGUUGGUUAUCAAAUGCGGAAAAGCAUGUCUUAAAAGCAGGGAUUUCUGUGAAAGAUUUGCAAUCUGCAAUUCAAGAUCUUAGUACCUUGCUUGAUGGGUUUGAUAAAAAGAAUAAGAAGAAAGCAUCAAGUCAGGCCAGAAAGCAGAAUGAUCCUGUUGAGGAACACUUACCUUUGCUGACGAGUUUGAAUUUUGAUGCUCUAUGUGGGGAAAAGAACCCUGUUUGCAUCAUAGGUGCUUUCAGAACUUCAAAAGCAAGGGAGAAACUGGAAUCCAUUUUAGCUACGGUCUCUCAAAAAUCAUUUUCAAGGCAACGAGCAGCAGCAUCUGGAUGUAGGGAUUCUAUUACCUAUGCUCUCUUAGAUGCAAACAGGCAGCCAGCAUUCUUAAAUGCAUUUGAAAAAUCUGGAUUCAAGUGGUCAGAUAAGGUAUUGUUGGCCUACAAACCUCGAAAGGGGAAAUAUGUCACCCUGGAGAGUGAAAUGACUGCAGAAGAAGUGGAGAGAUUUAUUAGCUCUGUUCUUAAUGGAGAUAUACAAUUUACCAAAACAAGACAGAAGCCAGUGAUCAAAUGAGACGGGUAAUGUUAACAAAUUAGAAUCAGAUUUCUGAUCUGAUGUACAGGUAUAGGUUACGGCUUUGCUGUUGAAGUUAGAAGUCCGUGAUCAACAGAGUGAAAAUCAUGAUCACUGGAGUGUAUACGUAUAGGUUACUUCGGCUUUGCCAGGAAGUUGCUGCAUGUUCGAGAGUAUUAACAAUUAAUUCAAAUUUAAUUUUGAAACGUUUUAAUUAUAAAA